GAUUGGUCCUCCACCGUCUCAACAUCCAUCUCCACUCCGAAGUCUAGAAGAGUUUCCUCCUCGGAUCGGACUCGGUGCUAGCAGCAUUUGUACCUGAUGAUAGCGAUGGCAACGUGCACACGCCUUCAAAAGAGACCAUGAAGACACGAUAGCGGGCCCUGGUCCACGGCGAGCGAUCGGCGAAGCACAAAAACUUCACGACUUUGCGAUAACGCAACGGCCACGCCUGACAAAUCCAAAGCGUAGAGCUUGUGGAGUGUUCAAGAUGUUUGGGGCAGAAGACGGAGAUACAUAGGGAGGCCCUCAGCCAUUUGAACGGAACUACAGACCCCAUCAUCACCACAAUCACAACCAUGUCUUCCACUCCUGACUUCAACGGCUGGGUCGCCCAUGACCCCUCUGCCGCCGACGGCAACAUGAAGUGGGGCAACUUCGAGCCCAAGGCCUUCGAGGAGACCGACAUUGAGAUGGAUAUCUCUCACUGCGGUGUCUGCGGUUCCGACAUUCACACACUCCGCUCCGGCUGGGGUCCUUCCGAUUACCCUCUCGUUGUUGGCCACGAGAUCAUUGGCCAUGUCACCAAGGUCGGCAAGGACGUGAAGGACCUCAAGGUUGGCGACCGCGUCGGUGUUGGUGCGCAGUCUGAGUGCUGCGAGAGCUGCCGCCUUUGCAAGACGAAGCAGGAGUCCAACUGCAACAAGGUCACCAUGACCUACAACGCCAAGCACUUAAACGGCGAUAAGGCGUACGGUGGUUACGCUAAGGCAUGGCGCGGACCUGCUGCCUUCGCUAUUCCCAUCCCUGAGGGUCUUCCCUCUGAGUUCGCGGCCCCUCUCAUGUGUGGUGGCGUAACCGUCUACAACCCUCUUGUCUCCUACGGCGCCGGUCCCGGCAAGCGCGUCGGUGUCGUCGGUAUUGGCGGCCUCGGCCACUUCGCUCUCCUCUUUGCGAAGGCCCUCGGUGCCGACGAAGUCGUCGCUAUCUCCCGCUCCUCCUCCAAGAAGGAUGACGCCCUCAAGCUGGGCGCUGACCGCUUCAUCGCUACCGGCGAGGACCCUGAGUGGGCUACCAAGAACGCCAACGGCCUCGACCUGAUCAUCUCCACCAUCUCCGGUUCCUUCCCGCUCGAUCAGUACCUCAACCUGCUCGACGUCAACGGCACAUUCGUACAGGUCGGUGCGCCCGACGACCCGCUCCCUAGCUUCAGCCCUAUGGGCUUGAUCUUUAAGAACCAGAAGAUCGUUGGUUCGUUCAUCGGCACCAGGCAGCACAUCCGCGAUAUGUUGGAGUUGGCUAAGAAGACCAAUCUCCAGGCUUGGGUCCAGGUUAGGCCUAUGAGCGAGGCUAACCAGGUUAUUGUUGAUUUCGAGAAGGGCCUGCCAAGGUACAGUUACGAGUUGCUGUAA